CAAAAAACUUCAUGAUGCACCACAGAGCUUAAUUUUUUUUCUGUGAAGGUCUGAAGGACAAAGAUGAAAGAUGUCGUAACCAGCUGAACGUCAAAAGUGCAGUGACAAUACUGACAAAAUAAUACAAGUAUUAUUCAAUUUUCAAUAUUAUGGGCGACGAAAACUUAAAUUCUAGUAAAAAAUGUGAUACCAAUAAGUGUAAUAUCCUUAUUAUUGGAGCCGGCAUGGCUGGCUUGUCUGCCGCCAAUUAUCUUCAUAAAAAUGGCAUGGAAGACUUUAUAAUUUUAGAAGCUAGAAAACGUAUCGGUGGUCGUAUCAUUUCCAUACCUAUGAAAAAUCAGAAUGUAGAGCUGGGAGCCAAUUGGAUUCAUGGAGUACUAGGUAAUCCAAUUUUUGAAAUAGCAAUGGCUAACAACCUUGUAAAUAUUAUAAACAUACCUAAACCCCAUAAGGUUAUAGCAGCAACAGAGGAUGGGAAGCAGGUACCUUUUGGAGUACUUCACGAGAUACACGAAGCUUAUGUGUGCUUUCUACGGCGAUGCGAGGAGUACUUCCUCUGUCAAUAUUUACCGCCUCCAGACAUCCACAGUGUCGGUGAACACAUCAAUUUAGAAGCCACCAUAUAUCUAGAACGUCUACCAUCGUCGGAAGAGAAAAAGUUACGAAGAUUAAUAUUUGAUUGUCUACUGAAAAGAGAAACAUGUAUAUCUGGUUGUAAUAGCAUGGAUGAGAUAGAUCUCCUGGAGUUGGGAAGCUACACUGAGCUACAAGGUGGAAAUAUCAUGAUACCAUCAGGCUAUAGCUCUAUAUUAGAACCACUCACAAAAAAUAUUGCUCCUGACAAAAUACUAAAAGAUCAUGCUGUGAAAAAGAUAAUUUGGGAUUCAAAUGAGCAUAGCUCACAGAGACCUCUUGAGGACUUAGGUGAAGAAUCUGAAGACUCUGACCAGACAGUCAUUGAAGACAUUUCUAAAUCAUCAUCUGACAAGACUAUGAAUCCUGGUGAAGGCACCUCCUUCACAGACGUCACACGAAAACCAAAGAAAAAGUUCCCUAACUAUGUUGAAGUAAUAUGUGAGAAUGGAAAUUCUUACUAUGCUAAUCAUGUGAUAUGUACUAUUCCCCUGGGUGUUCUAAAAGACAAUGCUACCAAUUUGUUUGAACCCUCUUUACCACAAUAUAAGAUGGAAUCACUGGAAAGAUUAUUAUUUAGUACUGUAGAUAAAAUUUUCUUAGAAUAUGAUAGACCAUUUCUAAAUCCUGAAAUCACGGAGAUUAUGUUACUUUGGGAGAAUACAACUACUCCUGAAGAUAUAUCAGAUUCAUGGUAUAAGAAGAUAUACUCAUUUAGCAAAGUAUCAGAAACCCUGUUACUAGGCUGGCUGUCAGGGAAGGAAGCUGACUAUAUGGAAACUCUUUCCAAUGAGGAAAUCUCUACUACUUGCACAAAAAUUCUGAGAAAAUUCUUAAAUGAUCCAUUUAUUCCUGAACCUCAGAAAUGUGUUUGCACAAGUUGGAGGAAGCAGCCGUUUACGAGAGGAUCAUAUACUGCAAUAGGUGUGGGGGCUAGUCAGAGUGAUAUUGAAAGUUUAGCUCAACCCCUGUUCAGAAAUGUACAUGAUAAAAAGCCUGUUCUGCUCUUUGCUGGAGAGCACACACACAGCAACUUCUACUCGACUGCGCAUGGUGCGUAUUUAUCCGGCCAAGCGGCGGCGCGGCGGUUACUGGCCCCAGACGAACCAGAAGAGAACUUCCUUGAGUGCCCCGGAUCAGCUGACCUGAGUUCAUGGAUACAAGGAAUACAGCUUGAGGGCUAGUAAUAAUACAAUGGUAUGUAGACAUGCUUCAUAUGCACAGUGCCUAGGUACAAUAUACUCUCAUUGUAUUUAUCCAUUAUACAUAAUUACAUGACAGAGGCUUGGCCCAUUUUACUCGUAGGAAUUGUGAUUUUGUUUAAUACUGCUGUUAUUAGGCAAUAGUUUGCUGUUAUUAUAUAGGUAGAAAUUUUUCCACCAUGAAAAUUUUAGUGGAUUUAUAUUAUUUAUUUCAUGUAUUAAAACUAUGUAAUUUAUUGUAACAAAGUAAAAUUGUAUGUCUGCUCUCUUUAUAGUUCUAAACUUUUGCUUGGGUAUAUCUCUGGAACAUAUAAAAUGGGUGCAGAGAGAAAUAAAAUAUUAAUGAAGUCUUUAAAGCAAAGUAGGGCAUUAAUUCAUACAACAUAAUAAAUUAUGGAAAUCAUUUGAAAGAUGGUCUAAAGGUACAAAUGCACAACAUUAAAUAGUGUAUUAUGUAAUUUGAACAGUUGGAUUGAUUAAUCUACGUGUUGUAAUUCAUACACCAAUGCAUAAAUAUUUUUUUUGUUGACAAGAAAAAGGAUGUUGUCAUGAUUUUAUUUUUAUGUCGAUUUGUUUUUUAUCAAAUGGUCGCAUAAAUUAUUAAGAAUAAUGAUUAAUUAGUGUACAAUUAAUGAAAUAAAUAUUUAUUGUGAAGCAUGGUUACCGAAAUUUGUUAAGAUGACUAUAAAUUGCCUCAAUUUAAUUUGUUUUCAUACUGAUAACUUCUGGAUAUGGUUGAGAUUACAUUUAAAUCAAAUUAAUUUGUGUUAAUGUUUCUGUUCUUGUUAUUCAAUAAUCAUGCUAAGAAGAUCAAGAAGACUCGCCUGAUAUAAUUUUCUUCUCCUCUGGAAAAGAACUAUAAAUACCAACAAAUGGGAUAAGAAUAAAGUUCCAAAAAUAUUAUUCAGUUGAGUUCUGCCACCUCACAGCACAGAUCCUUCUUUUUGAGACAUACAUUUAUGUAACCUGUACCUUAUAUGCUACCUUUCAGUACAGUCAUUCUUGAACGACUUUACUGACUUUAAGAGCACAGUAAUAGUAAAUAUUAUUGCCGUGUUAAGGGUGUUAUUAUUACAUGAUUACACUCGCCAAAAUCUUGGCUCAAUGUACUGUCAGCAGCAAAAGUCUAACUACAUCAAAUUACGGGGUAUAGUGAUUGACCAAAUGCAAGCAUAAAAAUCAAAAUGUCUGCAAUAUUAUGGGCAAUUUCAUUGACUAAUUAGUAAUACUGAAAAUUGAAAAAGCAAACUUGGAUUAAGAUAUUAUUUGGAAGUGUAGGUAAUAUAGUUCUCACAAAACUCAAUGGCGGCUCACAAAUUGCGAGUCGCUAUUUAAUUUUCUUGCACAAGUACCUACGCGCAUUUGGCUCACGCCCUUCGCGCUCCACCUUAAGUUAAACUUGUUUUACGCGAAGACGUAGUUUGACGAUAACAAUAUCACCACCAUACCAAAUAAACCCUAGUAGAGUAGUUUAAGAGCGCUUUUAACAAGCGGGUAUUCCGCGCGGCAACAAAUUUUGAAGCCAGGCGUAAAUGCCACUACCUAUUGUAGGCCUAGAAAAACAAAUUUAGACUUUCUUUAGGAUCUCGAUAUCCAUGGCAUAAUUAAUUUUGUUUAAUCCUAGAAGUUUACAUUUCUGUUUCUGAUGUAGGUACCUACCUAUAAUGUAAAAAAAUGGUUUAAUUUGUUGACGUCCCUUGCCGUUAUUCGUGGCUAACGCGUCGUUCUUGUCGACUUUAGCCGAUAAGUUUUAUAAUUCGGCUGUUAUCGAAAGAAUAGGAUUAAAUGAACUUUACCUUCAAAUAUUAGAACUCUUUUCAAUAUUUUUGUUUAUUAAAGCCCAGUUCUAAAUA